CACUGGCACAGAGCCUUCAGCCAGCUGGUGCUCUGUAGCAGGGAUCCCCGCUGUGUUUUACCCAACAGGUUUCCGACAAAGUGGAGGAGGGUCAGGUUUCAAAGCAUCAAUGGGAGGUCUGAGUGGGCGGGGCUGUUUGGGGGUAGUUAUACCAUCUAACUGGUGGCUCCGCCCACUCUACAAUGCAGGGGACAUAAAGGAGGAAGAGAACCAGCAGAGCGACACUUUCUGCUAGGAGACCACCGAAAGUCUCCCCAACAGCCCAACGAUGACGUCCAUAGCGGGCAAAGUGGCGCAGCAGCAGGCGCGAGCCGGCGGUGUCGGAACCAAUGACACAGCCGUGAAGUUCGGCGACCAGGACUACAAGACUCUGAGGAGCCGCUGUCUGCAGCAGGGCAAGCUGUUCGAGGAUGAUCUCUUCCCGGCUGGGUCCUGGGCUCUGGGAUACCAAGAGCUGGGGCCACUAUCCCCUAAGACCCAGAAUCUGGUGUGGAAGAGGCCAAAGGAGUUGUGCCCGAAUCCACACUUCAUCAUCGAUGGAGCAACAAGAACAGACAUCUGUCAGGGAAUCCUGGGUGAGUUCUCAGGAUUGUCAAAGCAUGGCAUCAAGGAUGGGGUGAGAAGAUCAGAAUGUCCAGCAGCCUGAGUGUUUCAGCAGAAAAUCAACAUCACAGUCUCUGUUCAGUUCCUUUUAACUGAAAUACAUAUCUGCAUCUGCUGUGAUGUUUCCAUACAGGUUUGGCUGAUCUAAAGCACACUGAAGGACCAGUAUGUU